AUGAAGCUGGCCCUGCUGAUCGCUGUGGCCGUCUACGCAGUGGCCCGGGGGAGCAGCAUGUCCACAUGCAAAACUCUAGACUUGGAGAUGGUGAAGAAAAAGCGCAUCGAGGCCAUCAGGAGUCAGAUCCUCAGCAAGCUGCGUCUGCCCAAGGAGCCUGAAAAGGACCAGGAGGGAGACGAAGAGGGGAUCCCUUCCACGCUGAUGUCGCUUUACAACAGCACCACAGAGAUGCUGAAGGAACAGCAAGCCCAGGAAGAGACGUACAUCUCCAGCGAGCAAGAAGAGGAAGAGUACUUUGCUAAGGUGCUGCACAAGUUCAACAUGACCAGGAAAAACUACUCAGAGACUACCAAGAACUCCAAAAACGUCUCACUAUCCUUCAACAUUGCCGAGAUCCGGGCAAGCGUGGGUAACUCCCGCUUGCUGACCACCGCCGAGUUGCGGAUGCUCAUCAAGAAUCCAUCCAUACAAAGCGAGCAGAGGGUGGAACUGUACCGCGGCGUGGGCUCGUCGGCCCGAUACUUGGCAUCCCGCUUUAUCACCAACCAGUUGAAGGACAAGUGGCUCUCCUUUGACGUAACCGAGACCUUACAGGACUGGAUCCAAGGAAAUGAGGACGAGCAGGGAUUCGAACUCCGGCUUUUCUGUGAAUGCAGCCAGAGGAGCGCCGAUGCCGCUUUUAGCUUCUCCAUCUCCGGGAUUGAAAGCGAUCGGAGCGACGUCGGGGUAUUAAAGCAGAUGACCCAGCAGCCGCCCUUCAUCUUGACCAGGUCCAUCCCAGUCAGUGCCAGUGGCCAGCUCAGUUCAAGGAAAAGACGCUCCACGGACACGCGUGACACCUGCACUGCCCAGACAGAGACCUGUUGUGUAAGGAGCCUGUACAUCGACUUCAGGAAAGACCUGGGCUGGAAGUGGAUCCACCGGCCAACCGGUUACCAUGCCAACUACUGCAUGGGUUCCUGCACAUACAUCUGGAAUGCUGAGAACAAAUACUCUCAGAUUCUGGCCCUUUACAAGCACCAUAACCCCGGCGCGUCAGCCCAGCCCUGUUGUGUCCCCCAGGCACUGGAACCCCUUCCAAUUCUCUACUACGUCGGCAGGCAACACAAGGUGGAGCAGCUGUCCAACAUGAUUGUUAAGUCGUGUAAGUGUAGCUAA